ACUCCAAAUGUGUUCGGAGAUUUGAAUGUUACUCUAUGGAGGGUUGAGCUCUCUGAGCCGCCAACAACCCCUCAGAGGUGUUUAGUAGGAAAGUUAAGAGUAACGUUUGUCGUCUUAAUAUGGUUCUUGUUGUUGUCUUCCAUUGGCUCAUGACAGCAACUGAGUGGCUGUAAUAAAUACACAUUUAACCUUCCUCUCUGUCGGACUACAUCUACACAGUCUGUGUGACAGGAGUCAGCUGUGCAGAUUGACAUUUAACCUUCAAUGAUUGUGCGGCAGUUGACGUGUAGAGGACUGUCCUCUCAGCUGUGUGCGGCAGUCAGACUGAACUGGAGCGCUCCGAAGAUGGCAAGACCAAGCUCAAAUUUAACAGAGUUUCGCAAGGAUUUUGCUAAUGCCAAGCACAUCACUAUUAUUACUGGAGCCGGAGUGAGUGCAGAGAGUGGAGUACCAACGUUUAGAGGACAGGAGGGCUAUUGGAGGAAGUGGCAGGCACAGGAUUUGGCAACACCUGAAGCUUUCUCUCGAGAUCCUUCUUUAGUUUGGGAAUUUUACCAUUACAGGCGUGAGGUAAUGCGUAGUAAGAUGCCAAACCCAGCACACCUGGCUAUCGCAGAGUGUGAGUCCCGUCUGAGCAAACAGGGGCGCUGUGUUGUGAUCAUCACUCAGAACAUCGAUGAGCUGCACCAUAGAGCUGGUUCCAAACAUGUGUAUGAAAUCCACGGUAGUCUAUUUAAAACCCGCUGCAUGAGCUGUGGAGAAGUCAAAGCCAACCACAAGAGUCCAAUCUGUCCUGCUCUUGAAGGGAAAGGAGAGCCUGACCCCAGUGCCAAGGAUGCCAGGAUACCAGUGGAGCACCUGCCCAGGUGUGACAGGAGUGGCUGUAACGGAUUGCUGAGGCCUCAUGUGGUUUGGUUCGGAGAGACUCUGGAUUCAGAUAUUCUCACCGCUGUGGAGCAGGAACUGGAAAUAUGUGAUCUCUGCUUAAUUGUGGGCACCUCCUCCUUAGUUUACCCAGCAGCCAUGUUCGCUCCUCAGGUGGCAAGUAGAGGAGUGCCUGUAGCUGAAUUCAACAUGGAGUGCACACCUGCUACUAUGCGCUUUAAAUAUCACUUUGAGGGUCCUUGUGGUGUCACACUGCCUCCCGCCCUGGAACGCCACGAGAGCGAGGUCAUUUAAGGAGAAAGAAGGCAUGACCCAUUCGUUCAUGCCCACUGCAUAGAGCACUUUAACUGAGAGCACAUGGGAUUGGUUCAUGCCUUCAUGUGAUUGGUUUUCAUAUGGUCUGUGUGCGGUGAAGAUUUACUGCAAAACUCGGCUGAAAUUCAAUUUUAAAUAGUGUCUUUGAUUGUUUGCUUGGCCUAUGUAGCAGCAGUCUGUGCAAGUUGUGUUUUUGGGAGUGGGUCUUAGGCUGAUGAUACACAGGCAACUUUCUGAGCAAUUUUGCUGGGAAACUUUGUUGCUUGGGCACUUUCCCAUUGAGAAUGGGUAACAGAUUUUUAUCUGGAUAUUUUAGAUCGGUCGUGGGCUCUGUGUCUCACCUGGAUGCCCAAUGAUGGCAACAUUGCCCAAAAAGUUGCCCAGUGUAUCAUCAGCCUUAGUAGAUGUUUUCCAGCUGAUUCAUGGGUAACUUCUUAGAUAAUCUAUGAUGUUUCCACAGUCAUGGAAACCCUGGGAAUUUACAAAUCGUUACUUCCAGACUCAAGGAAAAUAAUAGUAUUGGAGUUAUGGAAAUUUCCAUCAUGAGUAAGUUUUCGAUAUGAUCAACUCUGAAAUAUUCAAUCAGCUUAAAAUAACUGGCUGGAAAAAUCAUUGAUAUUGAUUGGUCAAAUGUUGUGGGAACCCUGCAUUUAGGACUAGACAUAAAUGCAAUAUAAUGAUUUUGAAUGAGCUGUGUCAAAUUGAUCACAGACAGACAGUGGAUAUGAAGUCAGACCAUAAAAUACAGUGUCCAAAGGGAAUAACUUGAGAACACAUGAGAGUUCAAGAACAGGAUUUAUGACUGGUUUUCCUUUCAAUUCUAUGGUUGGUGUUAGAUCAAAUUAAAAUUAAAAGCUAUAUAAAAAUACAAUAUAUACCUCCAGGUUUUCUGUACUUAGGGCACAAUUUGGCCAACAAUAAUAAAAAAAACUGAAUAUAUGUCAGUAUGACUUUUAAUAUGAUUAUAAUAUUAAUAUUUUAUUAUGAGUAUAAUA